UUCAGAGCCCUGAAGAACUCUCUUGCUUCUUCAGACCUCCUCACAUCCACUAUGAGUUUGAACAAACUCUUUCACCAAAUCCUUCUGACAGAACAACAUUUUAGUGAGCAGACUCAAAAGUUAAAAGAAGUGAAAGCAGCCAUCAUUGAAUGCAAGUCUCAAGUGAAAGCUGCUGUAGAAAAGUACCGGAAGACCACGGAAGAACAUGAAGUGAAGGAUCAGCAGUUGUCUGCGAUGAGGCUGCAGUGGGACUUAAUGAAGAAAUGUGACGAGCAGAUAUCUAAGCAAAGCAAGGAGCUUCUCAGCCAGAAGGCUCACCUCCAAGAACGACUGGCCAGGAUGAUGGCAGCCUUUAAAGACGAGGAGCGAGAGUUCCUGCGGGAGAUCUCGAGCUUCAACUGUGAUUUUAGUUUCCACGUGAGCAGAGAGACGACCUGUCAAACUCACACGGAGGUCCUCAAGCUGGACUUGGAGGUGGACUCAUUGUAUAAAGGUCAUGCCAUGAAUGAAUGUGAACCGCUCCCACGCACACUCAUACAGUAA